UGAGUAUCUGUAGAUAAAAAUUAUUAUCAAAGACGAUUCAGCACAUUCAGGUUUCCAGUUUAAAUCUGAGCUGGGUAGCAGGCAUCAGUUUUUGAGAUGUCGUUUCAUUUAUUUUCUGAGUUUUCUUGGAUAUGAUGUCACAGUAGAGAGCAAAAUCUUAAAAGUCAUUUCACAGCCGAGUUAUUAACCCUGACCUGGUUGUCUCUACUCUUAAAUUGAAUCUACGUCAUAUCAAACGAAAAGAGCGCUAGUCUGAGGACAAGGGGCAGACAAAUAGUAGAAGGGGGCGCAUACACAACUACGAACCGUUACUUACAUAGCCUUACUAAGAACUGUGAUUGGUUUUAUUUCUGAGCAGCUCAUACCGAUACUCCUCAAGACGGAUUAUCGAGAAAGGGUUAAGGACAUGGGAACUUCGUCACUGUUUUUCAAACUUACCUCCGCUACAAACCGUUGCUACGUCAAUUUUUAAUAACGUUAAUUUGUCAAUACUAUGAACCUUCUCAACCGUCAGCUGCGUCGCAAGUGAAAACAAUGCAGUUAUUUCAGGAUUUAUAUUCUUCAGAUAAUCAUCUCCAAUUGAAAAUUAAUGGAUUCGAGUACCACUUGACGCUUUAUAUUAGAAAUGAUUUAUGUCUGUUGCUUCGUGGCGUGGUAUUCUCGUUCGAGUAAAUACAUCAUUCGCUGUUCCUGUGUCAAUUUUUACUAAACAGCUUCAUUAUAACGUAUAAUAAAUAGUAUAUUAUAUGCAGAAUUCCAAAACAAGUUCAAUCACCUGAAACUGCGUCGUGUUGUUUUGAUGUUGAAUAGGUCAGCACUCUAAUUACGCGCAUAUAUUCAUAUCGGUUGUCCUAUUUGACUUUGACCAGCGGGUAAUGCACUUACCUAAUUAGUAACCCAUUCAUGUAAAUACUGUCGAACGCUAUAUAAAUAUCUCAACUUAAUCCUUAGUGCAGAUAGUGUACUAUUGGCUUUCAAAACUCAGAAACGUCUACUUUGUGGGCAUGUCUUCUAAACAUCUAUUCAUUGUUCCAAAUGAAUGGGGUAGAGGAGAUUAUACGCCAGAUAUCUUGGAAUUCAUACUCAAAACUGAGAUAUCACGUGAGCAAAUAAUCAUGAGAGUCGAGGGCAUUAAAGUAGACAUAGAAGGUGUUACGGGAUGUCUUCGAUAUUACAACCAACAUCCCUGGAUGCGUAAGAAACAGGAUAACAAUUCAAGGCCAAGUUUCAAAGAAUAUUUCAAAGUGAACAUUUCCUAUAACGAUAACAGCGAGACGGUGGACAGUCACACACUAGUGCGUAAUCUGCAAGGAUCAACGUUUUUUUAUGCUACUUCUCAUAGAUACCUGUACCUGGUUCCCCGCGAAUGGCUAGCCCUUCCAUGGGUUGCCUUAGAAAUUUCACUUCACGAAGAGAUUUCAAACUAUUAUAGCAAACAUGGAAAGCUUGAAGGCGCUGUGAUUCGGAUUCAAAACGUAACAGCAUGUCUCCAGUCUUACGACCAACAUUUCUGGAUGCGUAAAUAUCAGGAUCAAAGAGAUAAGCCUCACCCCACAGAAUAUACUGCAAUUCAUCUACCUUGCAUUGAUUGCAGCCCCCCGUAAGUUACAUUCUCAAUGUUUUACAACAGGCUAUUUACGGUAUUAAAAGAUUUUGGAUGACUCAUGUAACUAAUUUAGUUAUUUUGUUUCAGAAGCAAAUCACUGAAGAAAUAGCCACAAGUUAGCAUUCAGAGAAAAGUAGGUCCUAGUGCUAUGUUUUUAAAAAUAAUGUUUGUAUUAUCAAUAAAGUGUUAAAAAUCAUGUGUUCAGAUUCAUUUCAUCCUGUUCGAAGUAUGAUUGUAAAGUUCCAAACAAAUACCGUAGAGUUACUUACUUCCCUUCGUAUGUUUUAUUGAUAUUCUUGAAAUAAUUGGACCCUUUAAAAAACACCUGUAUGUAACAUAGAUAGCAGCAGUUACUAAAGUUUUCUACGUGUUGCAAACCCUUAUUUAAAGGACACUGACUGACCUAGAACACAGUAUAAUCAUGAUCCUUUAAUGAACGGAUUCGGAUGAGCAACCAUGGAUACAAAAAAGAUGCAAUCUUAUUUCCUUGAAUGCCUUUCGAUAAAGUCUCGGUAUACUUACUGAAUUCCUAAUACAGCGUUAUUAUUGAUUGGGACGAGAUCGUAGUUAUGAAUUGUCUCAACAAGUUUGUUAUGAUAUUCUAGAGGGCAAAACACGUUCAAUUGCCAAAAACUGCGUAGUAAAUUUGAAGUAUUUUCCACAGAAAUAUUUUUAGUGUAUUCGUCACAAUAAAAUUGAGUAGUCCAGAAGGUCCAAAACAAAUCCUUAGUUCAGAAGUUUAUUCAUAAUGUAACUUACCGAUGUGCUGUGGCCUUGAGCGCUCAGGCUGGAUCUUACGCAAGGCCGGCAGUUCAAGUCUCGGUUGCGGCAGAAAGUUUCCAUUUUUUUUUUUUUUUAUUUAUUUAAGAAAUUUACUUCGACUUUGUACUCAACAUUCGGAGGAGGUCGCAUAUGACAGCUGGCUAACUUAGUCAGUUUUUUCUAUAGAUUUCUGUGCUAUAUCUAUAAAAUAUUUCAGUAAACAAAUGUAGUUCAGGUUAGGAGUAAGCCGACCGUAAAACGCAAGGAAGGGAAAGAGAGGGAAAGAACUUACAGUAAUUAAUAUAUGGUUAAUAGAUGGUACUAGUGGGCACUAAGAGAGCUUUCCGAAAGAGGGCAACAUUUGAGAAAGGGUGUGCUCACCUGUGUAUGUCGGCAUGUUGAUCACGGUAAAGACUUUGUGUUAAGAAGCCUCAGCCUUUAUGCUCGUGAGCAGAGGGCUCUAGUAACAGGAUGAAUACGGGAAUGCAAUAUUUUAAAAUUUGUUUGUGAAAAGUUUACCUUUUAAUCUGGCUGGCAAAUGACAUUUUUAUUGCGAAAUUGAUAAACGACAUUAUCAUGAGCAAAUGCGUAGCAUCACUCAUUUGAUGAGCUGUUUAUCAUCAAACAACGGCCAAUGCACUUGUUAUUGUCAAUUGGAAACCUAUGACCCUACGUAUCUUUCUAUCCUAUAUAAACAACAGAAUUGAAUCCUGAACACACGAGUCGCACGUUUAUCUUUGUUAUGUGAAAACAUAUAAUUUGGUGAAAUGU